CAUCCCUUCCAAGUCCUCCAUUUUCACACACUUUCACCCUCAAACACGCACUACCAUUUUCAAAACCCCCAAAUAAUUCAAUCGAGUUUUCUCAAAACCCCAUCUCUAACGCACUCCAAUUUCCCAAUUCCCAACUUGGGAUUCCUUCUUUUCCCCUUUAAAAUCGAUCAAAUUUUCACCUAAUUUACGACUCAGAUCCAAUCGAAGAAAUGGGGAAAGGAGGAGCCUUAAGCGAAGGUGUAUUGAAGAAGAUCAUACUCUCAUAUACCUACGUCGCCAUAUGGAUCUUCCUUAGCUUCACGGUAAUCGUCUACAACAAAUACAUCUUGGAUCGAAAGAUGUACAAUUGGCCGUAUCCGAUCUCACUCACCAUGAUCCACAUGGGGUUUUGUUCUUCAUUAGCUUACAUCCUCGUUAAUCUUCUGAAAGUUGUUGAACCAGUUCAGAUGACUCGUGAUGUUUAUCUCAAAUCCGUUGUUCCAAUUGGUUUGCUUUACUCUCUCAGUUUAUGGCUUUCGAAUUCUGCUUACAUUUAUCUCUCUGUUUCCUUUAUUCAAAUGCUUAAAGCCUUGAUGCCUGUUGCUGUUUAUUCGAUUGGAGUUUUGUUUAAAAAAGAAGGGUUUAAAUCACAAACGAUGACGAAUAUGUUAUCGAUCUCUUUUGGGGUUGCAAUUGCUGCUUAUGGUGAGGCUCAAUUCAAUACUUGGGGUGUUACUUUACAGCUUGGUGCUGUUUGUUUCGAAGCGACUCGAUUGGUUUUGAUUCAGAUUUUGUUAACUUCGAAAGGAAUCACGUUUAAUCCGAUCACUUCGCUGUAUUAUGUUGCUCCUUGUUGUUUAGCUUUCUUGUCGAUUCCAUGGAUGAUCGUGGAAUUCCCUAAAUUGAGAGAUACUUCGAGUUUCCAUUUCGAUUACUUGAUCUUCGGAACCAAUUCGUUAUGUGCAUUUGCUUUGAAUCUUGCUGUGUUCUUGCUCGUUGGAAAGACUUCGGCUUUGACCAUGAAUGUAGCUGGGGUUGUGAAAGAUUGGUUGUUGAUCGCGUUUUCUUGGUCUGUGAUUAAAGAUACCGUAACCCCAAUUAAUCUUUUCGGUUACGCGAUUGCUUUCUUGGGUGUUGCUUAUUACAAUCAUGCUAAGUUACAGGCUCUUAAGGCUAAGGAAGCGGAGAAGAAGGCGGCUCAACCGGAUGACGAAUCUGGGAAAUUGUUGGAGGAACGAGAAGGGGAAAAAUCUGCCAAUAAGACGGAGUCCGAUGAUUGAAACACAUUUUUGUGUAUGUUGGUUUCGUCACCACAUUUCACAACACGAAAGGCGUAGAGAAAGAUCAGAAAAUAGUCAUAUGGGGUGAGGUAACCCUCGUAUAUUUGUUUCGUUAUCGAUGGAUUUAGGAACUUACUUUAUGUCUAAUUUAUCGUUUUUAUGUUCGUCUUUUCGUCACUUGACGGUUUCGGGCUUUUGAGUUUGAGGCUGUUUGCUGAUUCAUGCACUGUGAUGAUUUGAGAAAGAUUUAUCUUUUGGUAUGUGAUACACAUAUAUAUUUAUAAUCAAAUCUUUGAUUUGUAGGAUGAA